GGACUUAGUUGUGCACUACUUGGACAAACACCGGCCAUGGCUGCCUGUUUCCUUCCAUGAGCCUGCAGCGUGCUGAGAGGAGACUGACACUGAAACACACACAUAUCGCAUCACCACUUCUCAGACAGCCAUAUGGAGAAUCAAGACCGAAUAAAAGGCGCGGUGCAGCUCUGCAUAGACAGACUCAAAGACAAGCUGUGUGAGUUAAGCCGAGACAUUUGGAGUUGUCCGGAGCUCGCAUAUAACGAGACACGGGCCCAUGACAGGCUCGUCCGCUUCUUCUCCGAGGAAGAGGAGUGGAGGGUGGAGAGCCACUACAAACUGGCAACCGCGUUUCGGGCCACAUGGGGGCCCGUUGGUGGCAAAGAGGGUGACGAGGUUUUGAAUAUAGGGUUCCUGUGCGAGUAUGACGCUCUGCCGGGUAUCGGACACGCCUGCGGGCACAACCUGAUAGCGGAGGUGGGCGCUGCUGCUGCACUGGGGCUCACAGGUGCACUGGGACAGGAGCCAGACCUGCCUGUCCCGGUCAAGGUAACUGUUCUGGGAACUCCUGGAGAGGAGCACAGAGGAGGAAAGAUUGACCUAAUCUCAGCGGGAGCCUUCGCUGACAUCAGCCUCGUCUUCAUGGCUCACCCGGCCCAGCAGGACGUCCCGUUCCUGCCCUGUAUAGCCAUUGUAGACGUGACAGUGAAGUACCGCGGGAAGGCAUCUCACGCAUCUGCAUACCCUUGGGAGGGAGUGAACGCUUUGGAUGCUGCUGUGCUGGCGUAUAACAACCUCUCUGUCCUCAGGCAGCAGCUCAAACCCGACUGGAGACUCCACGGCAUCAUUAAACAUGGAGGGGAGAAGCCCAACAUUAUCCCUGCCUACACCGAGCUGGAGUUCUACCUGCGCACGUCAUUGUUAAAGGAUCUCUGCGACCUCAAGGCCAAAGCUGAGGCCUGCUUCCGGGCAGCUGCCGCGGCUACUGGUUGCCCAGUGGAGAUAACCUACCCAAACCCUGCCUACUCUAACAUCCUGCCUAAUCCCACUCUGGCAAACCUGUAUGAAAAGAAUGGAAAGGCUUUAGGGAUUCAAUUUCAGGAGGAGCCAAGUAACUUCUCUGGUUCCACUGACUUUGGGAACGUGUCAUUCGUAGUGCCUGGUAUCCACCCUUUCUUUUACAUUGGCUCUGACGCAAUGAACCACACGGAGGAGUACGCCGAAGCAGCGGGAGCUGAAAAGGCCCAGUUGUACACCCUGAGGACAGCCAAAGCCCUGGCUAUGACAGCUGUGGAUGUGCUGUGCUGCCCUGAUCUGCUGAAGCAAGUGAGAGAAGACUUCACCCUGGCCAAAGCGAAACAGGAGCAGAAAUAACCAGUGGAAAUACUGCUCUGUAGAACAAACAGUAAUAGACAUACUUCUUCUUAAAGAGCACUAAAAGUCGUUUUUCCUUACUGCUCUGUCUUAUUAACUCUGAGCCACUCACUAAGAAGGAAAUGUACACAGAAGGAGCCAAAUGAAUUAAAGGACUUUUUUGCACUGCAGUUUAAUGUUCUGUACAUUUAUGUAUACUCUAUAUAAUCAUGUAAGAAUUAAGUAUAGAUGCAUGGUUGUUCUGCAGAUUUAUACAGACUGCCUAUUGACUGUGCUCGCUGAGGCUUUUGACCAUGCCUUCAUCUACAUGCAGGUUAAUUCACAGCCUUGGUGUCUUUAUGCUUGCCUUUGGCGUGGUGGGAGUCAGGCCAUGGCCACUCAUGGAAGCUUCUCUCAUAAUCCUUUUCAUGUCUUUCUGCCAAAGUGUUACCUUUAAUUAAGUUUUUGUCGAGGACGAUGGUGCUCAAAGCUUGCAUUGGCAUCAUGAUUUAAGUACACAUUAUAUGAAGCAGGCUAUUCAAUACUUGAAUGUAAUUUGUUCACAUAAAAUGCUUUAUAUCAAAAUUGAAGUUACUUAAGAAGAGCUGCUUUUUACUCAAUUCUCCAGUUUCCUUUCAGCACCCUGAUGGUAAUGACGAAGUGUAAAACGGCCUGUUUACUUCAAUGUAAAUGUAAAUAGGAUGGAUAAAUAUAAAGAGUAGGCAAAUUAUUUCUUCAGAAAAACAGAUAAUUUGCGACAUUUGACCAGGUCAAAGAUCAAGUCAUACAGUUUCAAUCUGUAGCCAUGAAUUGAUUUCUGCAGAGGAAAACACAGUUGAGUGUAUGACUCGGUUCAGCUGAGUGUGUUUCAGUCAAA